UAGCGUCCUUUCCGAUCCGGACUUCUAGCAGGCAGGACGUCGCUCGUGAUUUUGUACAAAAAUUUGAAAUGGCUGCCGUUAACAGACAGGCGAUGUUAGACGGAUUUACGUUUGACGAAUAAAUAGCUAAUUGGGUUACGAAUGACCCUACUGUAGAAUUGAAAGGAUUCGUGGACAAGAUUGAAGGCACCAAAAGAGUGCCGGUAUCAAAAGGAAGCACAGAGAUGACAUCGUUGUACAAGAUCAUCGUAAGCAAUGGGAGUUCCAGCAAGGUGCGCGUCCUUUUCUGGGGACAAAUGGCCACUGUCCAUUCGGCCAACAUUCGUGACCGAUCGGUUAUUGCAAUUGAACGGGCAAAAACAACUCAAGGAAAUGUCACUUUGAAUAACCCGUAUGAAGCUAUUGGGCCCUUAGAGUUGACUCUUAACAAUUUUUCUGCGGUGAAUAUCCCGGGAGACCUUUUUGAUGAGGUUAUCGACGAUGCUCCAAUUGAAGUAGUACGUUUGAUCGACGCACCCAAUUAUAAGAAAAAGAUGUACGUCCUAGCAUGGGUGAAACUUUCAUUCGGCCCAGUUACAUUGUACGGUAGUACACAUGGUAGUGGUGCAAUAAUCGACGGUAAUUAUCGGCUGCGAGUACAAAUUGCAAACUACGUGACAAAUCCAUUACUGGUCAAAGGCGUAUAUGUUGUGAUGCCUUUUCCGGCACUGGCGUCGACAGGACCGGAUCAGGUCAACAAAAUUAAUUGGCCUACCUGGUUCGUAGAUUUGGUUGGGCGCCAGGAACUCAAUGCUCCACGGGUCAAUCUCGCUGUUGAUCUUCGUUGGGCGGCGGAGGGAAACUCUUAUCUGAUAGUACGCAACAGUGAUGAUAUUGUUAUUGCACCAGGCAAACCUGCCAUGACUGCAGCCGAGCUCCACAAAUCAGGAUUCGUUACACCUAAAAGAAGCUCUCAAGAAGAUCAAGGAGGAGUCCCAAAAAAGGUUGCUCCUUUUGGAUAAAAAUCUGUCUAAGCGUUUACCGGUCUCUUUUACUUAAUUUAAAAAUGAGACUUUAAUAUUUUAAAUUAUCUUUUAUUAUUUUAGUCAUUGAUAGUAAUUAUACGAUGACAAGUUUAUUUUACUUUUAAAACUAUAUAAUUCUAUGGUUGAUUUCUUAAUUCUUAUCUAUAAUUUUUUUCUAUUUUAUAUUGGCACUCUAUAGUGUUGUAUUUCGAGUUUUAUAAUAGUAAUGAUUUUUUUUUACAUUGCACUGACACUCUAUAGUGUCGUAUUACAAGUUUUAUAACUCUAAUAACUCUAAUGGCGUUAAUUCAAUCAAAAUAUUUUUUUUUACUUUUUAUUAGCACUCUGUAGUGUUGUAUUUCAAUUU